CGAAAUGUUUCCACAUGGAAACGUGGUUGGAGUCUAUUAACAAAGCUGCGUAACCGUUGCUACCUGUAGCGAUAGCGAGUACUCAUUUAACGUGACGAUUAUUGCAGUUUUUUUUUUCGCAAAAUAAAUUGUGAUACGCAUAAAUUUUAACGGACAAUGACGAAAACCGAGGACCAAUUUGAUGGAAUGUUGCUGGCAUUGGCACAGCAACAUGAAGGUGGUGUGCAGGAUUUGCUGGAUACUUUCUUCAAUUUUCUUGCGAGAAAAACAGAUUUUUAUACCGGUGGUGGCGAAGGAGCAGCUGAAAAGCUUGUGAUGAGCAAAUUCAAAAAAUAUGAAGCCGGUGCUCUCGCCAAAGCUGCUUCUGAUAAAGCAGAAAGAGCAGAACAAGAGAGAAGACGUAAGGAGAGACUGGAGAAGAAGAGAAAAGAAGAACAAGCGGAAGAAGAGAAAAUAGACAAUGAUUCUAAAAUAGUUGAAUUAACUGACGAACAGGCUGUUAAAUUACAAGAAGAAAUAGACAACAAGAAAUUAGCAAAUGCUGCUGUAGCAGGAUCUAGCAACGAUUCUAGUGAUAGUGCUACAAAUGACAAAAAUACAGAUUCGAAUAGUGGCAACGUAUCUGAUGAGGAAGAAGAUGAAAAGGAGAAAAAUAAACUAAAGCCUAACAGCGGUAAUGGUGCAGACAUGCCGAAUUACAGAUGGACACAAACUCUUGGAGAAGUGGAGAUUAGAGUACCAUUAAAGAUCAACUUUUCGGCCAGACCGAAAGAUGUGGUUGUGUCGAUCACAAAAAAACAUUUAAGCUGUGGACUGAAAGGCCAUCCACCAAUUCUUGCUGGAGAUUUUCCGCACGAGGUCAAAUUAGAAGAAUCUACUUGGGUAAUUGAAGACGGAAAACUAUUGCUAAUUAAUCUAGAAAAGGUAAAUAAAAUGCAGUGGUGGGCACAUGUUAUAACGAGUGAGCCAGAAAUUAGCACGAAGAAAGUAAACCCCGAACCUAGUAAACUCUCCGACCUCGAUGGAGAGACAAGAGGCCUCGUGGAGAAAAUGAUGUACGAUCAGAGGCAGAAAGAAUUAGGACUUCCAACAUCCGAUGAACAGAAGAAACAGGACGUCAUCAAAAAGUUUAUGGAGCAACAUCCUGAAAUGGACUUCUCGAAGUGUAAAUUCAAUUAAAAUAAUUUAAUAACGCGCGCACUUAAUAAUAUUCCGAUACUAUACAUUG